UGAGCGAUAGUCAUAUUUCACGUUAUGAUUUUUUAUGAGUUUUACUAAAUGUGUCUAUAAUUAUGGAAAAUACCAAAAUCAAUGUAAACAACUUAAACAAUAAUUUUGAAACCAACGAGGGGAAUGAUAUAGUAUGCCCGAUAUCCAGUAGUUGCCUUCGAAACAUAAGUGAUAAAGUAUAUGAAAAAAGAAAAUCAGGGGCGUUAGAGAUUCAAAAAUUGGUCAAAAACUUAGUUAUAAUAAAUGAUAAAAGGGUAAUAAAUAAUGUGAUUCAAACUUUAAACAAUGAUUUUAUCAUGUCCCAUAAUGUUAAUGCAAGAAAAGGAGGUUGUAUAAGCUUAGCUGCAACUGCUAUUGGAUUAGAAAAAUUUGUUACUGGUUAUGUUUCAAGUCUAGUUAAUCCUGUGGUGUCAUGUUUUUAUGAUUCUGAUAAUGGUGUCAGAUAUUAUGCAUGUGAGGCACUCUACAACAUUGUUAAAGUUUGCAGAUCAGCUAUACUUGUCUCUCACGAAAACACUCUAAAGGAAGUCUUCAUUGGUUUGAGUAAGCUAGCUUGUGAUACAGAUUUAAAUGUGCAGAAUGGGUCACAGCCUCUAGAUCGACUAUUGAAAGAUAUUAUAAUUGAAAAUCAACAAACAAACACUUCUAAAUAUAGUUCUUCUAAUGCCGUUAAUAAAAAUAUCAAGAAUAAUGAUGAAUUAAUAAAAAAUUUGAUUGAUAUGCUAAAGGAUAUGAUUUACACUAAAAAUUCAUUUGGUCGGCAAUUCGUAGUUUCCUGGUUAUCCCUUCUAAACGAUAUUACUCAAGAUCAGAAUAAGCUCCUAACUUUGAACUUGCCAAAACUAUUAGAUGGACUUUUAUUGAUUUUAGAUGACGAAAAUUUACAAGUCAAAAAAUCUUGCCAAAAUUUGUUGCAACAGUUUCUUAAUGAGAUAUCUACUUCAUCAGAAUCCAACAAUACCAUGACAUCCUCUUUGUUAAACCAAAUGGAUGCUCCUACGUUAAUCAACAUCUUGAUCAUUCAUUGCAAAUCAAACAAUGAAUUUACUCAAGAAAUCGCAUUGAGCUGGAUUAAAACUUUUGUCAUAAAAUUGUCCUCCGACUCAAACCUCAAUCAAAAUUUAUUACCAUUUUUCCCAUCAAUUUUAGCUGCAACACUGCCUUGUUUGCGAAAAACUGACGACCUUAAUAAUAAUAACAUUAAUAAUGCCAAGAAAAAGAAUAUGUCUGAGACUGCUGAAGUAAUAAACAAAACUCUUUUAAAUCUCAUAAUCACCUGGGGUCACAAUCACAGCAUCAACAAUAAAAUCGAUAAAUUAACUAAUAUCUCUGAUGGAAAAAUUAUCGAUACCCUGGAUACCGGAGCCAAAUUAGCUGAAGUUGACUUGAAUAAAAUAGAAGGUGGAGAUAAAAAUUCAACAACUAUGACCAAUGACAACACAACUAAGAAAAUCAAAAAAUUGGUUAAGAGCAAUAGUUUGGAUAUAAGAAAUUUAAUAAUGAUUUUAAUGUCACACAUCCAACACUCCUCAGAGCAAACAAGGCUUUCUGUUCUUAAUUGGGUAUCCCACCUGUUUACUAAUAUGCCCGAAAAGAUGUAUCCACACAUAGGCGAAAUUUUUCCAGUAUUAUUAAAUACUUUGUUAGAUUCAUCCGAAGAAGUAGUUUUAUUGGAUAUCAAAGUAUUGUCACAAAUAUCCUCUUUGAGUCAUUUUGACAACUUUAUUACCAGUUUAGUGGAAUUGUUUAAGACCAAGUUUUUCCAAAACAAUUCAUGUAGCAACAUAAUUAAUCCAACUGUUAAUAGUUUUUUUGAUAACCGAAGUUCUUUUAUCAUCAGAAAAUUAUGUCUAUAUCUUGAUCCCUACGAUAUAUACACAAAUUUCGCCAAAAAUUUAUCACAACAAUCUGAGAGUAUAAAUAAAAUAACGAAUGGGGAUAUCAAUUUGGCUAAUGGGAAUAUUAACAAUAAACAAGAUAGUUAUAAUGAAGAAAAAAUAAAAAAAUUUAAAUUUACAUCAAAAAUGGUUGACUUAUUGAACUCGAUAUUACUAACGACUCCCGAGUUAUAUACUUUGAGAAAUGAAUUGAAACGCUUAUCGAAUCAAAAAAGUUACAAAUUAUUUGAAAACCUUUAUAAACUAUGGUGCUACAAUCCCAUCGCUACAUUGGCUUUGUGUUUACUAACUCAAAAUUUUGAACAUUCCUUUCAUUUAUUACAAUCUUUCGGUGAUAUCAACAUAACUGUCGAGUUUUUGGUAGAAAUAGACAAACUUAUACAAUUAUUGGAAUCACCAGUAUUUAUGUUUCUAAGGUUAAAACUAUUGGAGCCCCAAGGUAAUCGAUAUUUAAUUAAAACCUUAUAUGGACUACUUAUGAUUUUACCUCAGACCAACGCUUUUCAUUCCUUAAACAAUAGACUCAAAUGCUUGCCUUUCAUAAAUAAUGAUUCUAUAAAAUACGAUGAUCAAAAAGGACAACUAAAAAAAAAUGAAGAUACAAUGCCACUCCAAUCCAAAAUAUCCUUUGAGGAUUUAUUAUUACAUUUUAAUGAAAUACAAUCUCAAUAUUCGGAAACUGUUAAAUUUUAAAUAAAAAUAUUUUAAAUUAUUUAUUUAUUUUAUAAUUUAUUUAAUAAAAUUAUUGUAUAGAUAUAAAAAUGUAG